GGGGCGCGGCAGAGACGACACCCGACACCCUCACACACCUGAACCCCACCAUGAUGAGAGUGGCCGUGGUGGUGGUGGUGGUGGUGGUGAAGGUGGUGGUGAGUGAGGACAGCGCCGUCCCACUAUCACCAGCACCACCACCAUCACCUCCAGACUCAGAACCACUAACCGUCCCAGAAACUCAACACCCAGACAAGAUGAUAGUGAGGAGAGGCUGGGCUAUCCCACAGGACGCCCAGGACAUGACCCCUACUAUCCUUCGCAGCGCAUGUUCCUGCCAAUCGCGCUGCCUCGUGUACCCGCCCUGCGCCGCCUGGGCUGCAGUCCCCCUCGGCGAGGACUCGGUCAACUGCACCACCACCACCGCCGCCCCGGACACGAUGACGCUGGAGAGCAACGCGGAGAGUCUGUACGGCUUCAAGAUUGGCAAACUUAACAGCCUCACUGGGGUUCUCGAGGACGCAGACGGGACGGUGUACAUCAAGCCAGACAAGCAAAUACAAUUCCAAAUGGCUAAGGAUUACUGCGCCAAAAUUCCAGGGUUUAAUCUCAUCAUGCUGAAGACUGAACGCCACUUCUCCCUCCUGCCUUUCUUCAGCAGAAUCACCUCCCAGGGCUUCAUCAACCUGCAGACGACAGAGUCAGGAGACCUUCAGUGGGGCGACGGUUCCUUCAUGACCGAAAAGGAAAUCGAAGCCUACUAUGAAGGAAACACUGUUCAUCGCCUCAACCAAAUCCAUCAAGACAAGAUUAAGUCUCUCGCCACAGAGAACGCACUGCGUCACUUCCUGUGCCAAGGCAGGACCCGCGGCACUUGGUGAGGCGGAGGCACACACACGGGUAGGCAGACUGAUGAAGACACAGCGGAUCCUACAGACAGACAGGCAGACCGUUGGAAGCACAAGCAAAUGACGCACACACACACACACACACACACACACACCGCGCAGUGUAGUGGUUAGCACGCUCGGCUCACAACCAAGAAGGCCCGGGUUUGAAUCCCGGACGCGGCGAGGCAAAUGGGCGAGCAUCUUAAUGUGUAGCCUCUGUUCACCUAGCAGCAAGUAGGUACGGGAUGUAACCCGAGGGGUUGUGACCUCGCUGUUCCGGUGUGUGGUGUGUCAGUGGUCUCAGUCCUACCGAAAGAUCGGUCACUAUGAGCUCUGAGAGCUUUCCGUAGGGGAAAAGCUGGCUGGGUGACCAGCAGACGACCGUAGGUGAAUCACAAACACACACACACACACACACACACACAUGGCCAAACUGGUGGAGACAGAAGAAGACCAGACAGACAGACAGACAGACAGACAGACG